UCAGCCAGAAAUACGCGCACGUGUAGCCCGUUAGCAGAGAUACGGUCCGCAGCAUGCCCGAGGCGAAGCGGUACACGCGUGCGGAGGUGGCCAAGCACGAUGGGAAGGAUACUAAUACAAAACUCUGGAUUAUUGUGAAGGAUGUCGUUUAUGACGUCACCAGUUACGUCGACAAGCAUCCCGGCGGCAAGGAUCCGAUUAUGGAAAGAGGGGGCCAGGAUGCGACAGACGAUUUCGCUAACCACCCCUUCCGCGCCAAAGCAAUGAUUAAUAGGUACAAGAUCGGAAAAAUUGUUGAGGAAGAAAAACACUACAGUGCCAAGGGCAACAGGAAAGGCGUAACAUCAGCGAGCCCUGAACAGAACAGAAGAAGCUGUACGAACGUCGUCACCUGCGGCCUGCUCGGGUGACCAGUCGCAAAAAGUACCUCCCACAUUAUCAUAUAUUAUAAGUUCCAUAUCUGCUGUUCACGUAAAGUGUAAUUAUUAACGCUAGUGUGUGUCUCACGUUUAUUAAAGAAACUUUGAAAUGGGUAUAUAAACAUUGAACUUAUCUCGCAAUGAACGACCGUCGUUACAAAUAAUAGUUUAACCCGAAAAAUUGUAUGUGUUAAGUAUAAUAUGCGUGAUGUACGUAUGAAGUUUUGCUCUGCUAAAUCACAAUAUAUGUUCAUGAAAAGAAAGUACAGGGUGUAAGAACAUUUAAAAUGAAGUGGAAUGAAAUUAAAUGAAAAAAUCUAUUCAUGCAAAGUAUAAAAGUAGGCAAUGUGGUUGUUCCAAAUGAUUGGAAUAAUAAAUUUAAUUCUUGAAACAAUAACUUACCAUCGACAACAGCAGAGACCGAGUUUGUUCUCAAUUUCCCUUACAAUAGCCAUUAGUACAAAUUAAUUGUAAUUUUUGUUUAAAUGUUACCUGAUUCUUAAUGACAAAUUAAUGCACGAGUAGUAGGGCCUUUUUAAAUAUAUUGUUAUUUUUCCAAAUUGUUGCUUAAAAUGUGUCCAACACAUGUGUAAUGUAUUAUACGCAUACAUUGUAUUAUUAUUUGUUAUUUCAAACAAACCAAUAUUCCGGGCUCUUUACGACUCCCAGGCGGCUGACUGAUAUAGUACCUAUUUAUAAAGUAGUUAUGACUAACUUUAAUAUAAACCAAACUGUUCUGAACUAUAGUUACGAAAAUGAUUAUUUCUUAAUCUUCUUUAGUUCUCUUCUUUUAAUUUUACAAUUGUACACCUAAAAAAUAGUACCACUUCCAAUGUGCAGCAAUUCGAAAACUAAGAAUUCGAUAUGUUUUCUCUACGUCCUCUUUUCCAAGUUCACUCGUAGAUUGUUUAUAGUUAACCCAUAUAUAUACGACUUUAACGUGUCGUUAAUUAAGGUUAUAUAAUAUAAUUAACUAGGUGCUAAUUGUUUCAGUUUCUAACUAUUGGAACAUCAUCUGUAAACAUUAAACAUGUAUGUUUAAUUAUCGAUAGUAUACCAUUUUAAAUAAGAAUAGUAAAGCUCCUAAGAUGCUUCCUUGAGGAAUACCAAACCUAUUUAAACAAUAAUCCGAAAAUUUCUUUUUCAAAUUGCAUUCUACACGUUGCUACCUGUUACGCCGAUAUAACAAACCUUCUAUUAGCUUUUAUGUAUCUAAUGCAUUGACUUACAAUUAUAUGGACGUCGGGUCCGCGCUAAAAAGUGUCCGAACUUAUAGGGCGUUAAAAUCGUAUACAGAGCGUCAUUCACGCUUUAGUCUUCGUUUGUUC